UGUUAUUAUGUUGAUUAUGUUGUUUAGUUAAGAUUAGCGAUUAGUUUCAAUAUUGUUUCAAUUUAAUCUGGUGAAAAGUGCUCUUUAAUAUAUUUCUAGUCAAAUAUGGAUAUAAAAAUCGAGCCAAUCGAAGAAGACCAACCAGAUUUAAUAGAUUUAAAUUUGCUAAAAACAGAAAAAUCAGAAGACUUACAAUGUCCUACGUGUUCGGAAACGUUUAAUUGCCAAUUUCUACUAAAAGUACAUCAAAUGCUACAUGAUCCUAACGACUACUGCUUUAUAUGCAAAAGAAGAUAUCCGAAUAACAUUGAUGUUCAUGUUUUAGGAAAACACUUCAACCAGUGUGAGUUAUGUUUAAAGACAUUCACUGAAAGAAAGGCGAUGAAGAGGCACAUGGAACUGCAUACUGGGGAAUUAACUUAUUUAAAAUGUAAUCAGUGCGAUAAAAUCUUUAGACAGGCUGGUAGUUUGGGUGUCCAUAUCCGAGCUACACAUCAAGGAUUAAAACCCUUUACUUGUACACAAUGUGAGGUACCUGUCAGUUUUACCACCAAUUCGGCUCUUAAAAGACACAUAAAUAAAUUCCACAACCCCAACUGCCCUAGAGUAGAUUACAUAAAAGUUCAAGAAUGUUCUUUUUGUCAUGAGCCUCAGAGGGGCUGGAAAAUGAAACGGGAUCACGAGAUCCAGCACAGGACUAGCAAAAUCUGUAAGAGCUGUGACAAGAUGUUUAAAAACCUUUUGGAAUUGAGAAAGCAUUUUGCAGUUGAACAUGCAAAACCCGGGUGGUUCCCAUGUGAGGAGUGCUGGAGAAAUUUCAAUGCUCCAUAUUUGUUGAAGAAACAUAAAGAAAUCCACCAAGGAAAAAGAUAUUCCUGUGAGGAAUGCGACCUAUUUUAUUUAAAUCGGUCCAGCUUACACAAACACAGAAGAAUGUACCAUAAUCCUGACAACCCUAUGAAAAUCGAUCAAAACAAUCUGAAAUGCCGCUACUGCUCGAAAUCCUUCUUGAGCAUAAGACAGAAACAGAUUCACAUCUUCAAAAACUAUUGCACCAAAGGCAAACCUGUCUGCCAAAUAUGCCAGAAAACAUACCCUUCUCCUUACAGUCUGAGCAGGCAUAUGCACAGAAGUCACACUCUUCUAGACACGUGUCCCCACUGCCAAAACCAGUACUCCCAACGCCAGUUGAAGAGGCACCUGAAAACCAUCCAUCAAGAACGCAAGUGUCAUCAUUGCCAGGAAGUUUUCUAUAUUUACGAACGUUAUCACGAACAUUUGUUAAGCCAUAAUGUCGAUAUAAGGUGCGGCGUUUGCGGUAAGGAUUUGCGAAUGGGCAAUAUCGAGAAGCAUAUGCAGAAGUGGCAUCAAAACCAGGAUGCGCCUACGGAAGAAUGCAAGUACUGCAGGAAGACAGUGGUCAAUUUGAAUAUCCACGUCGCCAAUGUGCAUACAUGUCCUCUAUGCGAUCUAAACGGGAAAUUGUUUACGACGAUGGGGUUGCGAAUGCAUUACAAAAGGCACCAUCCGCAGGAUAUCAAGUGCUCCAAAUGCGACGAGAACAUAUCGAUAUCGCAUAUGAAGUCGCACGUGUCAAAAGUGCAUAAUAGGAAACGGUUUUACUUGUGCGAUAAGUGUGGGAUAUUGUUCUACAACCUUGUGCAUUAUAAGCGGCAUAUAAUGAGGCAUUUGGUCUGCACGAUUGGAUGCAUGAUGUGCGGUAGAAAGUUCAUCGGUGAAAGGAAGCUCAAGAUGCAUCGGUGCGUUAAAAAAACGGGUUGGACAAAAAUCAAGUCCGGAAUUCCGGACAUCCGAAGAAAUCAUUCCACUAGGAUAAGUUUAAACCUUGGCGAACACCAGGUUGUAGAAGACAAGAGGACCAAAGAAGUUGAAAGACUAGGACGAUCGGGAAACAGAAACUACCGAUGUAAGACCUGCUUUAAUCGUCUGAUAGGUUUAAGGUCGGCCAAAAAACACCAUUGCGGCGAAAAUCGAGAAAUCGGUAGAAGGAAAUUUUGUAAGUUGUGCGGAAUCAAGUUUUUUACUAAAAAUGCUGCGCGAAUGCGAGAUCACAUUUUACGAUGUAAAUUAUUUAAAACGGAAGAGAAGUCCCUAGAUUACGUAAACGGAGAAGAAAAUUUGUUGCUGGAAAAUGAUUUGAAAGUUGAAAUAGAUGUAAAGAUUGAAGAAACUGAAGGGUAUACAGAUGUUUAAUGCGUACUAAACA